UUUGUUUCCUCAAGAAUGUAAACGUGAAACCCACAUCUUUGACAACAACUUUGAGAGUUUCAGCUCAUUUUUGAGUUCGACUCAAAGUUUAACUUUGCGCCUGACACACAAAAAUCUGUUCAGCAGUAGAAAGUGUAGACAGAAAGAAAGAAUAUGAGGAAUGUGGAGAAAAUAAUGGAUCAACUCUAACCACAUCUUUCUCUCUUCCUCCAGCCUCUCUGACUGUGAGUCCCAGCAGCUCUCAGUUUUUCAUGUGGAAGUCUGUCUCUCUGAGCUGUGAGGAGGACGACAGCUCUGCUGGAUGGACGCUGAGGAGGAACACGACCAGAGAAACCAGGACUCACUGUGAAGCUGACUGGGGAAGAUCAGCUGGUUCUUCCUGUAACAUCAGCUACGUUACUACAUUGGACAGUGGAGUUUACUGGUGUGAGUCCAGAGAGGGAGCAACCAGUAACACCAUCAACAUCACUGUCACUGGUGGACCAGUGAUCCUGCAGAGUCCUGUCCUCCCUGUGAUGGAGGGACAUGAUGUCACUCUGCACUGUAAAACAAAGACCCCUCCCUCCAACCUCCCAGCUGGUUUCUAUAAAGAUGGCUCCCUCAUCAGGACUGAGCCUACAGGUCACAUGACCAUCCACCAUGUUAACAAGUCUGAUGAAGGCCUCUACAAGUGUGACAUCAGCGGUCGUGGAGAGUCUCCAUCCAGCUGGAUCUCUGUCACAGGGAAACCCACCACUACAAGUCCAAAUUCACCCACCUCUCCUCCUGAUUCCUCCUCCUCUUCCUCUCCUCCUGGUUCCUCCUCUCCUCCUCUCUCUGUGUUGUGGUCUGCUGUUCUAUCAUUCUGUGUUCUGGUUCUACUGGUUCUACUGGUUCUACUGUUGAAACGAUGCAUCCACAGGAAACUGACACAGGAUGAUGACAUCACAGACGACAUCAAAUACAGUGAUGUCAAAAUAUUACAUCACCUACAGCAGCCAAUCAGACGCAGCAAAGAGAGGGAUCCAGCUACAGUCUACUCAGCAGUGAGAGGAAGAGAAGAUGUCAGUUAUGGUCAAAUUUUCAUCAAAGACAUCAAAUCAAACAGGACGAGAGAGAGUCAUCCAGCUGUAGUCUACUCAGCAGUGAAAGGAACAGAAGACGUCAGUUAUGGACAAAUAGUCAUCAGACCAAACAGGACGAAAGAGUUUCCAGUAGAGACAGAGGUCGUCUACUCUUCACUGAGGUAGACCUUCACACCUUCACACCAGUCCAACCACUGAUGUCCAGCUGGCCUGGAACUGGUCCCCAGAGCCCCUCAGACCUCUGCACAUCCAUUUAUUUCACACUGCUUAAAAUAAUUAGGGGACAUUUUCAUCACAUCAGAUCUCGUUAAACAAAAUAAUUGGAAUUUCAACAUCUUUAUUGAACAUUGUAUAAUUUGUUGUGAACCAAAUAAAGUGACAACUGUCAAUGGAAAACAAAAUCACCAACCGAUUGGGGGCUGGAUUCAAAAUCACACCAAAGAAAACAAAGAAAACAAACUGAAAUCACAGGCAGAUCCAAACUGCCUGACUUUCCUUACAGCAACUCAUGAUGUGACUCAUGUACCUGUGUGCACUGCUGACAACAUCUGGGCAUGCUCUUGAUGAGAUGACAGAUGGUGUCCCGGGGGAAAUCCUCUCAGACCUGGAUCAGGGCAUCAGUGAGCUCCUGGACAGUCUGUGGCACUACUUGGCGGUGUCACCGACACGUAACGUCCCAGAGGUUCUCAGUUGGAUUCAGGUCUGGUGAAGGUGAGGGCCCAUGCAAACACACUCUGGCCACAUGAGGCCGGGCUUUGUUCUGCACCAGGAGGAACCCAGGGCCACCCCUCCAAGGAUAUGUGAAGAGUCGGGGUGCUAAUUCAGGUGUUCUCUAGCAAAUGCAAAUCGAGUGCUGGGCUGUGAGCUCAGAUGCCAUUAGAGGAUCUCAGACCCUCAUUGCCACCCUCAUGAAGUCUGUUCCUGACAGUUUGGUCAGAAACAUGCACGCCAGUAUUCCCCCUGGAGGUCAAUAUUAGGGCUCUGAUAGUGCUUUUCCUAUUCCUCCUUGCACAAAGGAACAAAUGCUAGUCCCGCUGCUGGGUUCAUGCCCUUUUACAGCCCUAUCCAGGUCUCCUUGUGCAUUGGCAUGUCUUCUGGUAUCUCCUCCAUGCUCCUGAGACUGUGCUGGGAGACACAGCAAACCUUCUUGCAAUGACAUGUCUGGAUUUGCAAUAUAUUUCAAUGUUAAAUUUAAGUUAGUAUAGUAAGUCAUAGUCAGCACCGACAUGUUUCUUUGUAUUUUCAUUCAUAUAUUUAUAUUGAAUCAAAUCUAAUCAUAACUUCAUGUUGUUUUGUGGGUAAUGUAAUAACUAACUUUACUGUUAUUUAUAUUUUAUUUUAUAUUUUAUUUCUUGUUGCUGCAGCAACAUGUUUCUCUGCAGGAUCGAUAACCUUUGUUCUCGUUCUUGUUUUUCUCCUGUGGUUCUGUGGGUUUCACAAAGCUGUCGUAUUUCUGUACUGCUUUGGCUAACCGAUACACACCUCUCUUCAGUCCAGAUAACUAAAAAUAAGAGAAGAGAGAAAGUGUGUGUGUUUUACAUUUAAUGAAAAAUGCUUGAUGCUCAAAUACAGUCAGACAGUUUAAUUAUUGUGUCACUAUGUUGAAUACCUUUGAAGAAGAAAAAAAAAGAGAAGUGAAAUUUGGACAAAUGGAGGGCCACACGUAUUAUUUAGCACAAGAGCCACAGCGUGUCAGCCUCCGUAGCUUCUUCUAAUCACUUGAAAUGGGAAGGGUGUGCAGUGAGCCGCUAGAUGCUAGAUGCCACUAAAGCCUACACAUUGAAUCUUUAACUGAAUUGGAUUCAGGUAUUUUAAGCAGGACCUUGUGUCACGGCUGUAAAAUCAGAGUUCUGCUUGGUGUCCUGUCUGUGCAGGCCAAGUUGGGAGGCCGCUUAUGGAGGUAAAUGGUGACAAAACCAUUGAAAAUGGACAGAUUGAAAGUCACAAAUAGAUAUUACAACUUGUAAACACAGCAUGAUCUACAAAAAGAUUAAGGGAACGUUCUGUGUGUGGUGGUGUUAAAAAGACUCUUAAGCCUCUCUGGGACAAUCUAGUCAAUAUUUGAGGGCCCUAGCCAUAGUGGUUUUUGAACUGGCCCAGGUCUAAAGUGACAUCUAAAGUAAACAUCCUAAAUCAUCCUUUUUAUAGCGUUUUCACAAACAGAAAAAAAAUGGUUCAAUCCAUGAGCUAAAUGUAGGCUAUCCAUAAACAUCAGAUUUGAUGGGAAUAUAAUGCAAAACAAUCAAAAUCAUCAUGCACAGACAAAUCAUUUUACAUUCUUUCAAAUUCUGGUUUUCAAGUACAAGUCACUGAUUUCUAUUUGUGAAUCAUGAUGUGUUUAUUUGUGGAUUUUUAAUCUUUUUGUAGAUCAUGCUUUAUAUUUGUGGAUCAUAAAGAGUUUGUUUGCGGAUUUUAAAUUUUUGUAGAUCGUAUUUUAUAUUUGUAUUCAUGAAGAGUCUGUAUGUGGAUUUUGUAUCUAUUUGUAGAUCUUGUUUUACAUUUGUGGAUCAUGAAGACUUUGUGGAUUUUUAAUCUAUUUGUAGAUUAUGUUUUGUGUUUGUGUUUGUGUUUAAGUUGUAAUAUCUAUUUGUGACUUUUAGUCUGUCCAUUUUCAAUGGUUUUGGCACCGAUUUACCUCUAUAGCCGC